GUUACGCUAAGCCCAAGACAGAGUUAAUCAAUCCAAACAAACUGAGAUGACGGCAUCAUCAUCCUCCUGUCACCUCCGUCUCCUUCUUCGUUCACAACCGCCGUCACCGUCACCGUCUUCUUCUUCCUCUUUCAUUUCCUUUCUCAAACCUUUUUUUCUUCCUUCUUCCAAUGCUGUAUCUUCACGUCUUCCACAACUUCACCUUCGAAAAACCCUUUUCCCCUCUCUCUUAUCCACACCCUCCUCUUCUUCCCGCGCCUUUUCCUACACCCCUCCCCUCGCCUCAUUAAUUAACGUUUCAUCUUCAGUAUCGAUAGACGAAGACGCAUUUGAAGAAACAAAUGACGAUGAAUUUGAAACUGAAACUGAAAGAGACAGUUUUGAAGAUACUCAAGUGGAAGAGGUGGAUUCGACUUCAUCGCCGUUGGUUAAAAAGAGAGAAGAGAGAUUGAAUUUGAAGGGGCCGAUUUUAAGUGUGAAGGAAAGGAAAGAACUUGCAUCUUAUGCACAUAGUUUGGGGAAAAAGCUUAAUAUUCAAUUGGUGGGUAAAUCUGGUGUUACUCCUAAUGUUGUUACUGCUUUCAAUGACAACCUUGAAGCUAAUGAACUUCUUAAGAUUAAAAUACAUGGAAGUUGUCCCGGUGAGUUUGAUGAUAUUGUGAAGCAGUUGGAAGAAGCAACUGGUUCAGUGACUGUUGGUCAGAUUGGUCGAACCAUGAUUUUAUACAGGCCUAGUCUCUCCAAAUUAAAGGUAGAAGAAAAGAAGAAACAAGUUCGGAAACUUUUUCUGGAAAAACAACAUAAACGAAGACUAAUAAACAGGAGUAAGGAACAAGAACAAGUACCUAAAUCAUCACGGCGAGGUUCGUCAUGGAAAGUAAGAGGCAGUAGGUCAUAAACACUAAUAUUUUGGCAAGGUUUGUCCUGAACAAGAUUGGGACUUUUCAUUCGAUGUACCAAUACUCAAGGUACUUGACAUCUACUGGCUGAUGAGAAUUCAGUGAAAGUCCAUUUUUAGAUCGAGGAACGCUUGUUUUGAGAAUGUGCUUUGUGACCAGAACUGGAGAGCAAUUAAAUCAGUAAAUGCUAUUGUGAUGAAUAUAUUAUUUGAUCUGAAAGAUUAUUAGCAGAAAUCCUUGAUUGAUGAUAAACUGCACUUACUCACAAGAAUGAUCUUUUACUGGCUUUGGUAACCAAGGGAUAUAAAGAAAAUGAUUUACAAUUCUUGACUAGCAUGUUGAAUUAAUAUGAUUGUGUUCAUUUCACAAGCAUCGUUAUUAUGACAAUUUAACACAGCAA